AAAUGACGUACCUAUAAAUUGAUCUUUUUUUGACCUAUUAGCUUAAAGAUGCAGCUUUCCUAGUAAAUGACACAACUCAAACCUUUGCAUAAUUUGCUAUUAUGGGCGAAGUCAAGCCAAACAAGCCUAUUGUCUUGAACGCAGACGACAUCAUCAGCACUGCUUCCGAGCGCUUUCCAGAUCCCAGCACCGGUGGCGACGUUUCAUGGAGAACAUUGUUCUCAGCACCAAAGACACGCACAAACACCUUUACCGUUGGCAUUGCCACAUGCGCGCCAGGCGUCUCAGCCGGGUGCCAAGGCCAUCUUAAGCCUCACCGUCACAAACAAGCCGAGAUUUAUCAUUUCACCGCUGGCAAGGGCAUAGUGACGGUUGAUGGGGACGAGCAUCAAGUAGCCAAAGGGAGCGUGGUGUGGAUACCAGGUGAUGCCGAGCAUGGGGUGCGAAAUGUCGGAGCAGAGGAUCUGGUAUGGUUGUAUGCGUUUGCUACCGAUGGGUUCGGGGAUGUUGUGUAUCGGUUCAAUGAGGGUGGGCGCGGGCGUGGUGGUAAAGAAGCAGCAGACAUACGAGCGAAACUGUAACCCGGCGCUGUUGAGGCAGGGGCAUAUGCUUACUGCUUGCGAAAUGGGGCCAUAGUAAUAUAGCAAGAAUACUCAUGUAUGGUGGAGAAUUAGUAUAUACUUACACAACCUGCUGUACUAGUGGUAAUAGAAGGUGUCCCUUGCCAAGAUGGGCACAUGUGGCACUCAC